AUGUCAGGAAUUAUCGACGAGUUCAGCUUCAAGCACCCGCAGAACCAAAGCUGUGGGCCUUCGAAACGAUUGGUUCCAUUGGCCAAAGCGGACUCCAAGUAUACAGAGAUCUCCAGGACUUUCAAGAAAGGAUGGAAACAUCCUAAGAAGAAACGACCUCAUAUUUAUUCAAUAUUCCGAAUCACAAUUCCAGACCACAUUCUACGCCCAUUCCAUCACUAUCGAGCGAGAGUUGCAGCUGCUCCAGGGCUUGCAGGGAGGGUGAAGAACCCCGCGAACGAACAGCUACUGUUCCAUGGAACGACGCGUUGCUGUCUCCUUGGCGAAGACUCUCGAAGCACAAGGCUCUGCAGCCUCCCAGAGUGCAAUCUUUGCUGCAUUAUUCGGAUGUCUUUCAAUGUCAAGAAGUGUGGAUCCAAGCACCGGUUCAAGCGGUUUGGGAGAGGCAUAUAUACCACGACAUGCUCAUCUAAAGCAGACGACUAUACUGCCAACAUCGAACAACUGUCCAAUCUCCGCGUCAUGCUUGUGAAUCGAGUCGUCGUCGGCAAGCCACAUCGACGACAGAAGAAUGCAACCAGUCUAACCGAACCUCCGUGUGGUCAUCACUCGGUCAUUGGUGAGCCGGGAAUAGACCUCAACUAUGAAGAAACCGUGGUAUACGACAACGACGCCAUUCGCCCCGCGUACCUGAUCGUAUAUGGUGAUCCCCCUCCUGAAACGGAAUCCAAGCUUCAAACUAUCAUUACGACCCUUUUCAAGACACCCUUGGCUACUUAA